AAGAGCGGACACUGAUGCAGUACAAGCACGCAUCCAGCAUCACUCAUCAUCACACUGGACUGUACCUACAGCCUCAUCUCAUCGUAUAUCCACAUCACUUACACCAGAGCUACAGUCUGGAAUUACAAAUGAAGACUACAGAAGUGGAGCCAGGACUCUUCAGUGACAGCUACUGCAAAGUAUGCAGCGCUCAGCUUAUCUCAGAGUCACAGAGAGUCGCCCACUAUGAGAGUCGAAAGCAUGCCAACAAAGUUCGGCUGUAUUACAUGUUACAUCCAGUGGAUGGGGGUUGUCCUGCAAAGAAGCUUCGGACAGACAAUGGCAGCACGGAGGGCGAUGUGGACAAAAACAAGUGCUGCACGCUGUGCAAUAUGUCGUUCACGUCAGCGGUUGUGGCCCAGUCACACUACCAAGGCAAGAUCCAUGCCAAGAGAUUGAGACUACUGCUGGGGGAGCCACCUGCCAUCACAUCCAAAGAGGUGACAUCCAGUUCGGAGCAUAUGGUCACUGAAGAUUCCCCAGGAUGUCCCUCCAGACAGGGCAGACUCUCACAUCGCUACUGCCAGAUGUGCAAGGCCUGGUUCAAUAACCCCAGCAUGGCCAAACAGCACUACGAUGGAAAGAAGCACAAAAAAAAUGCGGCCCAAGCUAACCUCCUUACACAGCUGGGCAAGAGUCUGGAAAACGGAGAUGAACAGAUCGGCCUGAAGCGGAGUCACACAUGUGAGGUCUGCUGUGUAACACUGAACUCUGUGGCACAAUAUCAUGCCCAUCUGCAGGGCUCCAAACACCAGAACAACUUAAAGAACAAAUGAAGUUUAGUGGAACUAUAUGGGUUUCUUUUAAUUAUUCAUCUGAUAACAAACUCAUGAAACUUCAAGGUCUGUCUGUGGAAGUCAAAUAAUUCUUCCUUGAUUUGGACAUGAUAUGGAUCUGGACACUAUGGACAAUAUUGUGAUAAUGGACUAUAAUAAAUAUUGCAGCGUAUACAUUUGCACAUAAAAAAGAAAACAAUCCUGCUCCAUCAAAUCCUGAAAACUUUGAAGUACUGUAUAUAAUUGAAGCAAGUUGAAUGGACACAGUUCCAUCUUUAAAGUGUUGUGUUGUCCUUUUUAUAAUAAUGUUGUUUAUAUUUUAAUUUAAAUGUGUGCUCAGAACUUAAAAAAAAAGGAUUAGAGUAAAAAAUAUUUAUCUGUCAUUGAAGGUGUAUUAAGUGCACUUGAGGUAUUUUGUACAUAACUGUCAGCAGGGAUUGUUUUCUAAUGAUAUUAAAAGUUUUGAGGCAGCAUUUAUACACACAAAGAUAGUGGACCAAAGUACAGCGAUUAGCACAUGUUAUAAAACCAUUUGCAAACAUUUUUCUUUGAAAUAGUUUGGAAACUAUCUUCUUCAUUGCUUUAGCAAAAUAGUGUUUUUAUAUUCCAGUGAUGUUCAUCUAAUGCUUAAUAUUCGGCAUACACUUUCCUGAUAUGAACAUUUAUUACUACAUUAUACAAAUAUGUGGAUUGUAUAAAUAUAUACAAUAAACUGUUUUAUAUAUACAUAUAUAUAUACACAAUAAAAUACUAUCUCUUUCAAUGACUGUAAGAAAGAAACCCAAUGCAUCACCGUAGGUAGGCAUGAAUUCUGAAAUUAAAAUGUUAUUAGAAUGAUGUGGUGCUGUUCUUUGCUGACGGGGUCACUUAAGUGCAUUUCACAAAGGACUGAAUGUACAUUGUGCAUUUAACUAAUUGAAUUGUCUCCAAAACAACAACUCUUAUUGAAAUCCUGAAACUCUUUUAAAUAAUGCUCCCACCCACAUUUAUUUUAAUGUAUAGUUUUGUUUUGUUUGAAUGGCUUCCAAGAGAAUAAAAGUAAU